GCGGCCUGCAACCAGCUUAAUGCCCACCUGACCUCCAUUCAGACACCAGAUCAGUACGCCUUUCUGAGGGUACUCAUUGAGAAAGCCACAGGAGCCAACACCAGAACCUGGGUCGGAGGCACCAACUUACAAGAUAGACCGAUCACAGGAAUGCAGAAUGGUGCAUGGACAUGGGUCGAUGGUACCCUCUUCACCUUCACUAACUGGGGUCCAGGAGAACCAAACAAUGCAGGUGGAAAUGAGCACUGCAUGGAUAUCAACGUGAGAGGACAAGAUUACGUGAAUGAUGAAAACUGUGACACAAUGAACGCCUUCAUUUGUGUUAUACACAACCCUUAGUUGUGUCUUUGUUGUCUCGACACGUCUGACACA